UGUAACUAAAUAAAUCAUUAAUAUUAAAAUGUUUCUAAUUCAAUUAUAUUUGAAAACUAAAUACUGAAUUACAUAUUGUCAAAAACAAGACAGUGUUCAGUAAGGUUCAGAUUACCACGGGAAGCGGAAAAGUCGAGCCCAGUGCACCCACUAUGUUGGGUCACCAAAACGCUUCACAACAGUCUACUGUAUCAAGUAUCUUCGCGACGGCACGAUUCGAUCAGCAAUCUCACAGAAUGGAAGAAAACAGUGAGAACGGUUCACCUCCUAGGAGCAAAAUAGCAGGCGAUGCAGGUAUGUCAAGGUCUGCCACAGAGAAUGUGUUAAGGCAGCAGAUCCUUGCUCAACGCAUUAAAAACCAGGCUCAGAAACUACAGAAGGAUGUUAUAGAACAGCUGAGCUCCGAGUUAGAACAGUUAUUACAGGGCUUUGUCACGGAGGUAGAACAUCUGGAACACAAUGGUGACGCCAACGACAACUACACAUCCUUUCCUUCCAAAGCUGAUGGUUUAUCACAGUGUGGAGCUGCUAAUGUCCAUCACCCGAAGAAGCGUCACAAGGGAGAUUUACCUGACAAAGUAUUCCACAUGCGACGAUCCAUGCUCACAGAACUCUUUGAGAUCAACCACAUCCGAACCAUCUACCAUAUCUUUGUGGCCAUAUUGAUCGUGUUUAGCUUGAACACAUUUGUGUAUGACCUUGUCAAUGAAGGGAGACUAAACCUGGACUUCCGGUUGAUGCAGUGGGCCCUGGGAAAGUUCCCCAAAGUGAUGGCUUUGUGGGUGUGUAUGCAGAUCAGCACUCUCAUCAUAGUCUACCCAAUGUUUUACUACUGGGUUGUCACCAGGCUUCCUGGCCCUGUUAAUAAGACAGACUUGGUGGCCCUCUGUCUCUUCGUGGUAUACCAGAUAGCUUUCGUAGUGUUACCGGUUUAUUACAUCAGGGAACAUCAACUUCCUCCUGCUUCAGCUGUGAUCAUCACCACUGAACAGGUUCGUCUGAUUAUGAAGGUCCAUGCCUUUGUGAGGGAGAACAUUCCAAGAGUCUUGGCUAAUUACAAAAAAGAUGACGGAGAUGUAGAGGUGAGAUCGAACCUCUGUCCAGAUUUCUCCAAAUACCUCUACUUCCUGUUUGCUCCAACGCUAGUCUACAGGGACUCGUAUCCUAGGACAAAGACGAUCCGUUGGAAUUACGUGGUAACUAACUUUGCCCAAGUACUUGCUUGCCUUCUUUACACUUACUACAUCUUCGAGAGAUUCUGCGUUCCCUACUUCAACAACUUUAACAAAGACCAUGUGACACCUAAAGCCCUUCUCCUAUCAGUAUUUGGAUGUAUGCUUCCAGGCACGCUGGUGCUAUUUAUAGCAUUCUUUGCCAUACUACAUUCCUGGCUAAAUGCAUUUGCAGAGAUGCUCAAGUUUGGAGACAGAAUGUUUUAUAAGGAUUGGUGGAACUCAACAACAUUUGCCAACUAUUAUAGAACCUGGAACAUUGUCGUGCAUGACUGGCUGUAUACUUAUAUAUACAAGGAUUGUAAUAGGUUGCUGGGUGCAAAAAAUCGUGCUGGCGCGAUGGCUCUAGUCUUCCUGAUCUCAGCGGUGGUCCACGAGUAUAUCCUCACGAUCUGCUUCAGCUUUUUCUACCCGGUCCUCUUCGUCAUGUUCAUGGGAGCUGGUUUUUCUUUCAUCUUUGUGACGGACAAAGGUGUGUCUCGCAGCUGGAAUGUGUUUCUGUGGGUGGCCCUGUUUAUAGGGAACGGAUUGCUGAUGUGUCUCUAUAGCAUGGAGUGGUAUGCCAGGAUAAACUGUCCUGUUAACACUGAUAACUUCCUGGACUACAUCAUCCCGCGAUCAUGGACAUGCAUGAUUUGAACGAGAGUAAUAUCCCAAGGACAGGUCAUAAAAGAUCUGUUAUGGCCAGCUCACUAUUGCCUAAAAUUCAUAAACUCAACUGUUGGUAGUGUAUAAAUAUUUUUCUGGGACCACAUAUUGAUAUUUAAAGAGAUUUGCUUGGACAAUGAUUUUACAUAUGUCCACACAUGCUACAAAUAUCAUUUUAUAAAUCAUAUUAUGUUUAAUAGUCAUUAAAUGUUUGUUAAAGUAAUAUUAAUUUUUGAGUAACAAUGACGACUUUUACAAAGACUUCCUCGAUGGCAUGUCAUUAUUGUUUAUUAAUUAAGCGAGUACGAGGCAUAUUUGUAGGCAUGAUCAAUGACAUGUUUACCAUAUUUAUAAUGGAAUGAUCACCCUCAAUUUGUGUAAGAUUUAAAUACCAUAUUAUUCUCGAAUAAGCCCCAUCACCUAGUGUAAAAGUCAAAUACUGUAUUUAUCCUCAAAUAAGCCUCCUCACCUACUGCAUAAGUCAAAUAUUGUGUUUAUCCUCAAAUAAUCCCCCCCUCGCCUAAGGUAAAAGUCAUACCAUAUUUUACCUGGAAUAAGCCCCCUCGCCUACUGUAAAAGUCAAAUCCUGUAUUUAUUUAUUUUCAAAUAAGUCUCCUCAUCUUGUGUAAAAGUUGAAUUCUGCCUUUAUCCUCAAAUAAGCCCCCUCACUUAGUGAAAAUGUUAAUUAUUAAAGUUUAGGGAGGGUUUAUAUGUGAAUCAUUAAAAUUGAUGAUUUUGAAAAAAUAAACAAAGGGGGCUUAUUGUGAGCAGGUGUUUAUUAGUGGAUAGAUACGGUAAUACUUUCAUCUGUGGACUCUGUGUAUCCCCUUAGUCUAUACUAGCAGGUCCUUCAGGUAAAUAUGUAUGCACUAGGUUCCAGUACAAAAAGGUGAUGAACCUAACAGGGGAUUCCUUCAAGUUUAUCUACAAUAUCUUCCUUUAGCUUUUCGAAAAUACUGUUUGUUAAUUUCAGUGGAUUCAUUUUUCAGUAUGAAAGAAUAAAAUGACAUGAAUAACCUUUAAAUUGAAACAAAUGCAGACAAUCACGCGUAAUUUCUCAAAUUUUAGUAAAAUCUAAAAAAAAUAAAUAACAUUUUAAUGAUGUUCAAUGAAAAAUCAACCUUAACAAUAAAAUAUUAUGUCGGUGAUUAAAACCAACGCCAAAUGUCAGACUAGAGUUUGACAAUACAAUACAAGGUAUUUGUUUGUAUUUGAACAAUUAUUUAUCAGCUAUAAAUACUGAUUACUGGCAAAUCCUCACUCAGGGCAUUAUCUAAUCCUGACAACAAGAUAGAUGUACUAUCUGUUUCAAUCCACUGUCGUGCAAAAGGAAAUUGAGAUUUGUUAGAGAAAAAAAAAGAUUAAGAUUGAAAAAUAUAAAUUUCAUUAACAUUUCCUUGAAUACAGAUAAUUCGAGAUCUUUCUUAAAAUCGUAGCUAUUGUGAUAUAUUGGUGGGUUGUUCAUUUUGUGGCAUUGUGUAAGUGAGAUUUGUAUUGUACAUUGUGUAAGUGAGAUUUGUAUUGUACAUUGUGUAAGUGAGAUUUUUAUUGUACAUUGUGUAAGUGAGAUUUGUAUUGUACAUUGUGUAAGUGAGAUUUGUAUUGUACAUUGUGUAAGUGAGAUUUGUAUUGUACAUUGUGUAAGUGAGAUUUGUAUUUUACAUUGUGUAAGUGAGAUUUGUAUUGUACAUUGUGUAAGUGAGAUUUGUAUUGUACAUUGUGUAAGUGAGAUUUGUAUUGUACAUUGUGUAAGUGAGAUUUGUAUUGUACAUUGUGUAAGUGAGAUUUGUAUUGUACAUUGUGUAAGUGAGAUUUGUAUUUUACAUUGUGUAAGUGAGAUUUGUAUUGUACAUUGUGUAAGUGAGAUUUGUAUUGUACAUUGUGUAAGUGAGAUUUGUAUUGUACAUUGUGUAAGUGAGAUUUUUGUACAUUGUGUAAGUGAGAUUUGUAUUGUA